AUGAACAAACAAACCACCACAGUCCUCAUCAACAAGAACAUUAGAAACGACUACGAAGCUCGCUUCCUCCUUCAAAGUAAAAGCCGUUCACCCAGCAAAAGCCCUCAUUCCCCCACAGCACUUUCCCGAGUAGUUACUCUCUUGGGCGGUGAAGAUGCAUUGGAAUUUUUGACCAUUUACUUUACCGAGCGAAUUGUCGAUGACGAUAUCCUUUCUGCAAUCUACUGCCGAGACUUGAAUACCAAAACCUUGGUUCAACUUCAGAAGGAGCUACUCCUAUUUGCCCUGUGUGACGACCUCAGCGAAUUGACCAGUAGUUCCAAAAAGAAGGUCUACAACCAAAAGAUUCUACAAAAGCAUGUCCGACUAGGACUCAUGGAAAAAGAAGAAUACUUUGAUCGAAUGGCCUCGCAUUUGGCCAACGCUUUGGCAAGCUGCCAAAUAAAGGACACCAGAGCCAUUUUCAAGACCCAACGUCGGUUUGCGGCACUAAGGCCACUUCUCGAGAUCACUCAUGAGCAUAUGGAACUUCAGAGUCAGCAAAUGGAAACGAUUCGAUUGCCUUUCUUUCGCAAGUUUGCCAUCAAAAAGUGA